AUGGACCACGAGGGGCUGCUGCUGGCGCUUGCUCGGGGCCACGAUGGCAUUGGCCCCCUGCUAGACACUUUCUUCUCCUUCCUCGCCAGCCGCACCGACUUUUUCCACAUCUUAGAGCCUGGGGGCCCCUCCAUGGGCUUUGCGCCUGCAGCAGCAGAGGCCAUGGUGGCGGAAUCCUUUGGUGUUGCCCAGCUUUCCUACAUGGCGGCCAAGCAGCCCCACUUGCUGCCUCCGAAGCUGCGGAACAAGAGCAUGAAGGACUUCAGGGCAGUCACCAGAGAUUUCAACUUCAAGCUUAAACACAAACAAAUGCAGUUCGCCAGCCCAGUCUGCAGACUUGCGGUGCUCGCGGAGCCCCCGAGCCUCCAGUUCUCAGAGGAGCUCGGGACUCCGACCCCUACGGCGAAGUCAACACCCUCAGCACCAGCAAAGCUAGCAGCGGCAGCAAAGACAGCAGCAGAAGCAGCAAAGACUCCAGCAGCGCCUGUCUCUCCACGGAGAGCGCCAAAGGAAGCAGAAGCUGCUCCGGAGCCGCCCCCGAGAGAGGCCCGGAAGUCGACAAAGGGAAAUGAAAUGGAAACAGACGCUCCUGCUGCUGCUGCUGCUGCUGCGUCGCACCCAGGCAAUUCAGGUAAAGCGCCAGCCGGCGUAGCACAGAGUUCUGCAGGUCAUAAAAGCAAGCCUUCAGAGCAAAACAGCAGCAGCAGCAGCAGCAACAGCAGCAAAGCUUCAGCUGUAGGAUCACAGAAGACAGCAUUUAUAAACCCGUGGAACGGAGCCAUCCUCGACCGAUAUGUUUGGUCCCAAAGUAUAAAUGAAGUCACAUGCCAGAUUCGCUUGCUUGAGCUGCUGCAGCAGCAGCAGCAGCAACAACAGCAGCAGCAAGAUAUAACUGAGGUCAACGCCAAGUUACUAUCUGUCUCACUGCGGGAUGACUCUAUCCGAGUGACCUAUGAGGGCCGAAGUGUCUUUGAAGGCAAGUUUAGCCACCCUAUUCAAUCUUCUGAGAGCUUCUGGGUGUUAGAGCAAAAGGCGUUUUUGCUGCUGACUCUGGACAAAAAGAAAGAGCUCUGGUGGGAAUCUGUGAUCGAAGGAGACCCGAAAAUAGACACUACGAAAGUAGAGUCCGUGAAAAGGGUGGAAGAUUUCGACGAAGCGACUCAAGGCCACAUCCGCAAGAUCGUCUUUGAGCAGAGACUGAAAAUGCAAGGCUUGAAAACCCCUGAAGAAAUUGAACAAGAAAAAAUUCUUCGAGAUGCUUGGGACGCCGAGGGCUCUCCAUUUAAGGGCUUGCCUUUUGACCCUUCCGUUCUAAAUUCUCAAUCUCAGCUUCCUCCAGGUGUUCAGCCGCCUCCGGGGGGUACCUGUUGA